ACUACAUCGUCAUUCAAGAUAGAAUGAAAGUGAAAGUAAACUGAGCAAUCAUCAAAACACAAGAGAAAUCGUUUGAAAGUUGGGGAUUGUAAAGCGAUGGCCGCCCUGAUUYUCGCAGUACCAGUCGUUGGUUUUGUAGCUGCAGCAACAGCACRAGCCUUUAAAGCUAUUGGAGGCCGAAAGAGAACCGAAUGCUAUGCCAUCGCCGCGGCCGCGUUUUCGGCUAUCUUCGGUGUACGAAUCAUCUGUGAAGAAGAAGCGAAAAUAGAAAUAGAGAAGGGCAAUCCUGAUGUGAAAAGACUAGAAAUCAAGGACCUUUUCAAACUAAAGCCAAGGAAUUUUGACGGACAGAGCCCAUCAYUGUACUACAUCCCGGAUUCUGCAUACGAUCCACAGUACGACUACGACUUCACUAAUCACUCUUCCUUCUUGGAAAGGUGUACCAGAGGAGGGUAUCCAUACAAGAGACCAGCUGGAUGGAAAAGAAAGGCUGUGAGAGUGAUCGGCAAGUAUAAAGAUGAUGUUUGGUUGGGACAACAAGGCUGGAGGAGUGAAUCUUCCUCAGGAGAAUGGCCAGUAUCCUUCCAUGGAACGAGGAUAGAGAAUGUCCAAAAUAUCGUCACUGAAGGCUACGACAUCGAGAAGUUCGUACGUCAUAAAUAUGGUCGCGGUAUCUACUCUACGCCCUAUUUUGAGGUCGCCGAACGAUAUGCCAUAAAAUUCAACUACAAAGGAGAAGACUACAAGUGCAUGCUGCAGAACCGAGUAAACCUAGAAGAAACUGAAACCGUUGAAACACUAGACGGACCAUACUUUAUCACUCCAAACGCCGAWAACAUCCGUCCAUAUGGCUUGUGUAUCAAGAAACUCUAACUCAGGACACAAAGCAUAGCUAAUGGAGUUAACUAUAAUAGCUAAUAGAGUUAACUUGAUGAUCAACUGCGUGAUCGAUAAAAUAAACUUUGUUUCACUAUCAUUUUCACACUUUGGAUUACAGUGAGGAAACUCGAAUCGUCAUCGGAAAAAAUCUMUUUGGUCAACUACGAUUUCAAUUUCACGGCCCCUCCUGUGAGCCCAUACAAAUAAGGUCUCAAAAACACGGUUUUUGGAUCUUUUUACUGGGUUGCCCGUGACAGCCCAGUCGUAAAAUKCCUUCGGAUUUUUUUGUAGUCUCCUUCAGGAAUGUUACAUUCUUGCGCAAGAGUACCCAUAUAUGGAUUUGAAUGACGUGAUAAUAGAUAAAUGGCUCAUAGAUUGGCUUAGCAGCUGAGGAUGUAAUUCCAGGCUUUAGUAGUAAUAUAAUUGAGCAGUAAAAGAAGRUUUCUAGGAUUGUAAUUCCGAUUUUUAUUAGUAUUAAUACAGCUACUCAGUCGGCAGUAUUUUGGCUUCAAUCGCGGGUUAGUAGAGCCUAAUUCAAAAUACGGAUUUCAGUUUUUGGUUAAUAAGGCAUAUAAAUGAAAAUAUCGUUAAAUUUUUACGCCGUAAUAGAGCUGGUAACUUUGGCAGUAAGUACUUUUCGCUAAGUUUUGAAUCCUUUUACUAACCGAGUUUCACAGUUCCACUUCACUGUUUUUGAUAUAUAAAAA